AUGGAAAGGGGAGCCCGGCUCCGGAGCAGCGCUUGCGGGGAGCUCCGGGGACCGUCGAGGGGGCGCUGCUCGCACUUGGCGUCGUCGCUGCUGCUGCUGCUGCUGCUGCUCUCCGGCCAUGGGGGCGUCUCCAAAGCGCACGGGCUGUCACCGCAGGGAGAAAUCGUGGUGCCCCGCUGGAUCUCGGGGGGACGGAACAGACGAGCUGCUGACGUCGCAGAUGAGGCUCCAUCACCUGAACGCGCAGAGGUGGCCCUGAGUGUCGAGGACAGGGAACUUAUUUUGGUGCUGGAGAAAAAUCAUCGGCUGCUGUCUCCGGGUUACACUGAGACACAUUAUGCACAGGACGGGCAGCCAGUGACCGUGACCCCAAACCACAUGGACCACUGUUAUUACCACGGCCACGUCCGAGGGCACGAAGGAUCCUGGCUGGUGCUGAGCACCUGCUCCGGAAUCAGCGGCCUGAUCGCCCUCAGCCAGAAUGACAGCUAUUACCUGAAGGCUCCAGAGGAAUUGGGAUCUGAGCAUCAUGUCAUCUACAGGGCAGAACAUUUGCCGACCAGAGGCGGGACCUGUGGGCACGGCGACCUGCUCCCAAGCAACGUAGCUGAUGUGGCGAGAGCCUGGAACAGGCCAACCGCACUCCGGCGGAAACGGAGGGAUGUUUGGAGGACAAUGAAGUACAUGGAGCUCUUCAUUGUGGCUGACUUCACUCUGUUUCUGUCUCAGAAGCAAAAUUUGGGGCGCACAAAGCAACGGAUUCUGGAGAUCGCUAAUUAUGUGGACAAGUUUUACAGGUCCUUGAAUAUCAAAGUGGCCCUGAUUGGUCUGGAGGUGUGGACGGAGCGGGAUCAGUGCCGAGUGACCAGCGAUGCGAACACCAGCCUUUGGUCCUUCCUGCAGUGGAAGAAGUCGCUGAAGUCGCGGAAGAAGCAUGACAACGCUCAGUUGCUGACUGGCGUGACCUUCAAGGGAACCACGAUAGGCAUGGCCCCGUUGGAGGGAAUGUGCACCGCAGAGAACUCUGGUGGCGUGAGCAUGGACCAUUCAGAUCUGCCGGUCGGGGCUGCAGCCACCAUGGCCCACGAAAUCGGCCACAAUUUUGGGAUGAGCCACGACGCCGAGGGCUGCUGCGUGGAGGCCACAGCGUCCGAGGGAGGGUGCGUCAUGGCCGCCGCAACGGGCCACCCCUUCGCGAAAGUGUUCAGCUCCUGCAGCCGGAGGCAGUUGGAGAGCUACUUCCUGAAGGGCGGCGGGAUCUGCUUGUUCAACAUGCCCGAUACGAAGGACUUGGUGGUGGGCAAGAAAUGUGGAAACGGAUUCCUGGAGGACGGGGAGGAGUGUGACUGCGGGGAGAUGGAGGAGUGCACGAACCCCUGCUGCAACCCGCGGAACUGCACCCUGAAAGCUGGAGCCGAGUGCGCCCACGGGGAGUGCUGUCGCAGCUGCAAGCUCAAGGCAGCCGGGAGCAUGUGCCGAGAACCGGCCGGGUCCUGCGAUCUCCCAGAAUACUGCACGGGAGUGUCGCCCUACUGUCCCGCCAACGUCUACCUGCUGGACGGCUCCUUGUGUUCCUCCGGGGAAGCCUUCUGCACCAACGGCAUGUGCAUGACCCAUCACCAGCAGUGCAUCCACCUCUGGGGUCCAGGUGCCUGGCCAGCCCCUGACGCGUGCUUCCAGGAUGUGAACAAGGCCGGGGACAUGUACGGGAACUGUGGCAAAGACAGCCAUGGCAAUUACGUCAAGUGCGCCAGGAGAGAUGCCAAGUGCGGCAAGAUCCAGUGCCAGAGCCCUGCGAAGAAGCCCAAGGGGACCAACACUGUCUCCAUGGACACCACCAUCCGGUUCAACGGGCGGGAGGUGAAGUGUCGGGGGGCGUUGGUCUAUGCAACGAAGGAUGAUGAGGGUGACAUGUCGGACCCGGGGCUGGUGAUGACAGGGACCAAGUGCGGAGAUGGAAUGGUAUGCAAAGACCAGCGUUGUGUGAACGCUUCCUUUUUUGAAGUGGACAAGUGUCUCUCCCAGUGCCACGGUCAUGGGGUCUGCAACAGCAAUUGGCACUGCCACUGCAACGCAGGCUGGGCGCCUCCGUUCUGCGAGAAGCCGGGCCUGGGGGGCAGCGUGGACAGCGGCCCCGUGCAGUAUGACAACCACGAAGCCAUCCUGCUAGCUCUGCUGCUGGUCUUUGGGCUGAUCCUGCCGGCUUCCGCUCUCGGACUGUAUUUCUGCCACAAGCGGGAGAACUCCCUGCUCAACAAGUGGGCCAAAGGCUUAAGGAAGAGCCAAGAGACCUACAAGAACGGAGGCAUCCAUCGGACCACCACCGUGGGGCACUCUAACUCGGCCUUCACUUUGCAAGACGUUUCUUCUUCCUCUUCCUCUAGGAAAGCUGUGGAUGGCAAUUCCCGCCAAGCAUCGAGGAGCAUUUUCCCGCCAAAAUCGAAUCCUCUCCAAAGUGCCUCUCAGCCCAUCAACAUUGUCCAUCCCCUCUGCCCUACGCCCAGCCCAGCGGCUCCUCUUCAGAAAGACCUCAAGCCCUGCAGGCCUCCUCCUCUGCCCGUCAACAAAUCCCCGGCAGUUCCCUCCAAAAUGCACUUUGGCACUCAGAACAAGCUGCCUCCUCCAAAGAAACCUCUUCCCACCAGUCCUGUCAGGACCCCUUUGGUCAAUCCAAGCCAAAGGCCGCCUCGCAGGCCUCUGCCGGGGAACCCCCUUUUGGCGAAAGAGCGGCUGUCAGCUCCGGGUCAGGCAUUGCUGGUCAUGGUGCCUCCCGCCAACUUUAAGCCGGCUGGUAUCGGUUCCGUGAGUCCUGUCUCCAAACCGCUGAAGCCUGUUCCGGGCUUGAAAGUCCAAUCGGUUUCCCGCCUCUUUCAGAAAUGACAACGGUGGAGACGAGGACCCCGGCCGAUGCUCAGUGGACUCCUUCAUCUUCCUCAUUUGCACUACUGCGCAGGGAUUUUUUGCUACCAAAGACAAUCGUUUUUAUACUAGGGGACUGGUUUUGCCAAUAACGAAGAAGGGGGGAUCUGGGAGAGGGGAGGCCCGAGAAAUCGGUACUAGA